AUGAACGCUCUUCAACAAUCAUACAUAUAUGGGACUUCUCCACUACCCCAAGAUGCCUUCUCACAGCAAUUCAAAGCAUAUAUCCUCGGGAAACCAGUCUCUCACUCCCUAUCCCCUCUUAUCCAAAACACGAUCUUCCAACACAUGUCAAAAUGGACCUUCUACCCAAAAGAAACAAUCGACGUCUCUACUUUCCGCAAAAUAAUAGGUGAAGACACCUGCAUCGGCACCUCAAUCACAAUGCCAAAUAAACUCUCCUUCCAGCCAGCUCUAAGCGCUAUAACAGACGAAGCUCGCAUAAUGGGCUCCGUGAACACUACCUUCGUCCGUUUAGAUGCAUCCGGUAAGCGGCAAUACAUAGGUACAAACACAGAUUGCGUCGGUACUAGAGACGCUAUCCUACAGAAAGUACCCGAUGCAGUGAGCAAAUCGCGUGGUAAGCCUGCGCUUGUGAUUGGGGCCGGUGGUGCAGCGCGGAGCACUAUAUAUGCAUUGUGGAAGUGGUUCGAGCCAUCCGAGAUCUAUGUUGUUAAUCGGCUUGAGACCGAGACUGAGACGCUGAUUGAGUCGUUUCGGUGUGUUGCGCCUGAUCUGCGGAUUAGGAGCCUAAAUUCAAUUGAGGAAGGGAGGGCUGCUGCUGCCCCGUUUUUGGUUAUUGGGACUGUGCCGGAUUAUGCUCCAAGGGAAGACGGGGAAGUUCUUUGUCGGAAGAUCGUGGAGGAGGUGGUUGGGGAUGGGACGGAGGGGGGUGUUGUGGCUGAUAUGUGUUAUUCGCCGUCUGUUGAGACGUUCCUUUACUCUCUUGGAGUUAAAAACGGGUGGGAGGUUGUUUCGGGGGUGGAGAUUGUGGUGAGGGUUUGCAUUGCGCAGCAGGUAUUGUGGCUGGAGAGAGAGCCGGAUAAGCAAGGUGUCCAGGAAGCUUUAGAUGCUGUUUUGAAGAUCGUGCGUGCUGCGGAGAAGGUAUAG